AUGAUGUCGAUCCGACCGGCAUCGUUUGUGGCUGCUGUGGCCCUUGGCGCCGCCGUGUGUGGCUACCUUCCGCAGGCGAUUGCACAGGACUCUUCCUCCUCCGCCAGUGACUCUUCUUCCACUGCUAGCACCUCGGCAUCACCUACAAACGCAACAAGCAGCUCUGCCGCGCCCGAGCCAACCGGACAAUGGUACCCCCAUGGGCCGCCAGGCGCGCAGUACGUGGUCGACAGGGAGCCCGCUCUCAAGUUCAACGUGUCCAUCCCCACCGAGAACGGCAUGUUCGUGUACACGCCCGACUCGAUGUACAGCUACAACCUGACCGAGAUGCGCAACUACUCGAUGUGGAACGUGACAUAUGACGGGACUGCCGACAACACCGAGACGGGCAUCGGCGACGUGUCGCGCAGCAUCAUGGCCUACAACGCCACGACACUCAACACGACGGCCUUCGCGCCGUCCAUCUACACCGAGUACGGGCACGAGGUGGACACGCUGCGCACCGUGUUCAACGCGGGCUUUAUCGGCAACCGCAUCAUUAUCCACGGCACAAUCGACCAGCUCAACGGCAACACACAGCCCAUGAACCUCAGCUGCUACCACUUCAUCGCUGGCCUGGGCUCUGACAUGCCGCCCGAGCCCGUGGUCAUGACGCCCCAGCUUAACGCGGAGGGCACGGUCGGCCCUGACAUCUUUGACACAAAGUUCAUGGCGUGGGGGAGCUACAACAUCCACGCGCGGCUGUAUGCCGGCCGCCUGAGGAUCACAGGCUACACCGUGUUCACUGGCAUGGAGUCUGAGGCAACCGCCAUGGACCAGGUCGUGAUGAAGCAGGCCGCGUUUGUCGUCGACGGCAAGCCCAACCCCGACUUCAAGCUCGAGGGCAACUGGACCGUGGCGCAAAACACGUCUGGAAACGCGACGCACGCCGUCAACAACUACACGGCCCUCGCCACGACAAACGGCAACAUCACCAUCCCGAUCCCGGCCAACACGUCGUUCCUCCAGCUCGCGGGAAUCAUGGGCCCGACCAACACAGAGUUCACGCUCGAGUGGGACCCGUACCCGCCCGCCCGCCAGAUGAACUACACGCUCUCGCACGGCGCCUACUCGCCGUACCGCAACCAGGGGCUGCUGUGCUGCAGGCGCAAGCGCAAGCCGAGCCCCAUCGUGUCCGACCCGACGCCGUUCGAGAUCGAGCCCAAGCAGCGCGACGGCUCGGGCUCGUCAUCGGGCGACGAGGAGACACGCCUUACCCAGCCGACGCCCGACGCCAUGGGGUAUGUCAGCCAGAACCACCGCGCGCAGGUCAUGGCCGCCAAGGCGCAUGAAGCGGCGCAGGGCCGCCAGCGCGGUAACGGUGCACCGCCGCCCAGCGCGUUCCACGUCCACCACGCGCGCGGCCCGCCCUCGGCCGUCCCGUCGUCCGUUCUGGAUCCGAUGCAGAGCGCACACCUCAACGUGCCGUACACGCCUGGCCCGACGUCGACCGUUCCGUCGUCGGUGCUUCUUCCUACCAUCCGCGGUGUUGGCGAGGACUCGCCCCGCGGCGAAGGCUCGGUUGCGGCUUCGUCCUCGCUUGAGCCUGAUAUGCCUGAGCUGCGGUCGGGCGGCUCGACCUCGACCCCGAGCAGUAGCCAGACGUGGUUCAACUCGCUUGGCAGCAGCAGUGCUGGCGGCUCGGGCUCGUCACAUCCCUUCCUCGCCCACAACAAGCCCCGCACUGCCGUCAGCGAAAGCAAUUUCCCCGCCGUCGAGGAGUACACGCAGGAAGAGGACGCCGGAGUGGUAGAGUCGACGAUUGUGCCCCCUAGUUACAACCCCAGCUGGGCUCCACCUACUCCUCUUGCUGAGGAGGAGGCGUACCCUCAUGCUCAUGGGCGUGCGGAGGACGACGGUGAGACCCAUGCUCGCUAG